AUGGUGUCCAAUCUCUUCGGAAGUCUUUCAGCCACAAACGAUACGGUGUCGUGGCACCCGGAAGCAACUACUCGAGGAACCUAUACUCUACCGUCUAGUUGUCUAAUCACUACUGCACUUUGUGUCCACACUGCGGUGCAUCUCAACAUCGCUGGCUACAACGAGCGCAAAAUCUUGUGGAUCAACACUCAGACAUGGAGGAAGCUGGGAUGGCUCGUUUUAGGCCUGCUAGCUCCUGAAAUGUAUCUGGGUACUCCCAAUUUCCCUAGUUGGUACAAGCGCGUGUGGCGGAAACCUCGAUUUCUAUUCAGGAAGGAUAUUGAGGACGCUGCUGAAAGAGAAAAGUCGCCUAAGCCACUCUGGACGAUGAGGCAUGGAUUUUUCGCUGUGAUGGGAGGCUUGAUGUUUGAUACGACUGAAGCUCCACAGCUAUUUAUGCCAAAAGGCUAUGAGAGACUUACACUGGAUCUCGACGCCAUCUGCUUUCUCUUGAAGCAUGAGCCCGAUCUUCUACCAUACAUCACAGCUAAGGAUAUCGACAACAAGAGCCAAGCGGGUGGUCUCGGCAAAUUGUUGGUUUGUCUCCAAGCGCUUUGGUUUUGUGUACAAUGUAUUUCGCGACUUAAGGACUCCUUGCCUAUCAGUUUACUCGAGUUGAACACAUUUGGUCAUUCAGUGUGUACAAUCCUGAUAUACUUGAUGUGGUGGGAGAAGCCGAUGGAUGUCAUGGAGCCAACAAUUAUUUCUGGACCAAAGGCUUGGUUUUAUUGUGCCGCCUUAUUCAUGAGCAAUACCAGUAGCGGCCUCUAUGGAGUAUCUGAAGCUGAUCUUGUUUACAAUUUGUACAACGACAACUUCCCCACUCAAUCCACAAAGCCAAAGGAUCGACAAGAUGGCUUUGCCUCUAUCAAAGUAUCUGAGGGAAGGGUGCCACUUGCAGAGGUCUUGAUGACCCUUGUUGAAUCAGGAGUCACAAGUCUGAGCUUCGAUGUUACCAGACGGCAAAUAAUGCACAUCCCAUCUAGCGAUCCUGGGUUUGCAAUAACUCCAAUUCACAGAGUUCGGUGGAAGAUUGUCUCAGAAGGCUUGACAGCAGUGGCUGGAACAGAUAGAGCACUGCAUCGAGCAUGGGAAGAGAACAUCGCAUCGGUUGUGGUGGCUCCACGGAUCAGGAACCUGCCACCAAUCACCAAGCUGAAGCAGAAUGUUGUGAGAGCAGACCCUGACUUCAACAUAGAGGGCUAUCGACGCGGCUGGUUCCUUGUCCAGCUCGGCUUUGUGAGUGCUGGCAUUAUCUACGGAGGUCUUCAUGCUCUGGCUUGGAAUGCACCCUUUUCUUCACCCGCUCAGCAACUCGUGUGGCGCAUUUCGUCUGUUCUAAUCAUGGCAAUCGGCGUUGGGGCUGUGGUCGUUGUGGUGUUGAGGCAAGCGUUGAUGGGAAUUUCGACGGGGGUUGCAUCGCUUUUCGAGGGACUUCCGGGAGGAGACUGCGCGAACGUGCUUGGAUCGAUGUUCUCGUACUUGGUAUACUUUUCAUCUCUUCUUCUCAUAGCACUAUUUCUGUUAGCGUACGUCUUCGCGAGAGCUUAUCUUGUAGUCGAGUGUUUUAUCAACAUCUCACAUCUUCCAGUUGGGGUGUACACGGUUGCUCAAGGCGCGAAUUACAUCUUCCACUUCUCAUGAGGGUGGUUCUAAAAGU